AUGACCUCAGCCGAAACCUCUUCUAGACUCGAAGCUGAACUGUCCCUCCUCGAGGCAAUGUAUCCCGGGAACAUCACCUUUGACUCUCGAAGCCGGGAUCUUCUUUUCACGCCUAGUGAUUCUCAGAGGAGUGCCCUGCUCCUCCGGCUUCCAGACCAAUACCCCGAACAGGGAGUUCCCGAAGUAAUAUCUGCGUGUGAUAACUCCAGGAACGAUAUCCGCGAUAGGAUUCGACGGGCCAUUGACGGCCUGGGUGCUGAAGGGAUAGGUGUGGAGGUCUUGGAUCAAGUCGUCAGUAUCUUUGAGGACGAGAUCUCUGGAACCUCUUCGGAUUUGACUGCGUGCUCAGUCGAGGGAUCAAACGGCAAGGAACAACAAGCCGCCAGGGAUCCAAGUGCGGGAUCGCAACCAAGGCCAAGGACUGUAAUAAUCUGGCUCCAUCAUCUCCUGGCGACCUCGAAGCGAAAACUAGCCGUCAACCCUACUGCGUCGUCUCCAGCGUCAUCCCCCAGCAGUGCCAUCUCCGGCAUAAGUAAACCCGGGUAUCCCGGCAUAAUGGUGUUUUCUGGGCCCAGCGACCUCGUAGACUCACACCUCCGAGAGCUGAAAGCGCUGAAUUGGCAAGUAUUCCAGGUACGUUAUGACUCGGAUGAGAAUGCCGGACAAGAAGAGCAAGAACGAGACGAGUGGACAUUCUCACACGGAAAGGGGAAGAUCAUCGAAGUCGAGUCGAUGGCAGAGGUGGUCAAGGACAUUGUGAAGGAGGGCAACAAGCUGCUGUUCUUGGAGGCGGUGGGUGUCAAGUGA